AUGCCUUCGACCUUGGUCGAUCAAAUGGAAUCCCCACUUCCUGCGCCAGGCGGCAUCGUCUUGUUCAAUCACUCUCAGUUCCUUUUUCUACCUUUUAGUUUCAGCUACAUGACUUCAAGUACCUCCAGCCCACGCGGGUCCUCCCAGUCGUGCCUUGUGGGGUCUGAAGACGACGCUGUUGCUUGCGAUGCUGAGCCCAGAGAGCUGGACCCAGAUGAACCUACUAUGGCUUUGGCUGACCCUCUGAUGCCACCCGGUUCCUGUCAUUCUCCACGUUUCCUCAUGUUUCCCGGCACUGCCUUGCAACUCACGGUCACCUACAUCUUCCCCCAUUGGGGUCUCUAG